AUGGAACUUCGCACAAGCCUUGGCAAGGCUGCACUGGCAAAGGUAAUGGGACGCUUGAUCGAAAGCCUUGAGGGUGUGUUGCUGUACCGGAGCAACGGAGCAUGGUUCAUCAAGGUUCUCGAUAGUAACUUCAUAGAGAAAUUUUAUCGGCUACCAGUUCAACCUUUGGAUUCAAGGGGCAAGCCUAUCCCUGCAGGCAGCUACGUCUCCUUGGUCAACCGCGUUCGAAGCGCUUUCCUGGAUGCGGGCGGUUACGCGGAGUUCUUCAGCAACUGCAGCUACGGUAAAAUGGUUUUCGACAGACAGGCCUUUACGGUUGUUUCUACAGUAGUACCGUGUUCCCUGGAGCUCGUAAACAAGUGCGACGAAGACGUCAUUUCAACCGCUGCACAAGCGCAGCUGCAGCCAGGGUUUCUGAACUCCGGCUUGUUCACACAGCUGGUGUACGUUUUGCCGGACGGUAUGCUGUUCACUUGCAACUGGGUGGGCCUUGCGGAGCUUCCCGGAACACAAAGCUGGUUCACACCCGACUCGCAAGGCAUCUUCUCAAAAGGCACGGUGAUGCAAGAGCUGCUGCACAACUUCGGGCUGUACCACGGCUGGAAAGAUGGAGUCGAGUAUAUGGACGACUCCACCUCCAUGGGUUUCGGUGACAGCUGCCCCUCUGCCCCCGAGCUUCGGCUUCUGGGCUGGGCAACACCCCUGGCGCAGCUUAACUCUAGUUCCUUGCCUGUGGGCGUGUACAUGACGUACACACUUACAGCCACCUACGUGAAAUCGAGCGGAGUCAUGAUCUGGAUCCAACCCGAUUGGCUCGGAUCUCUUUAUAACAGCGAGUCAAUCAUUAGUUGCAAGGCAGCAGCACAGACGUGCCUAAGUAGUACGUUCAUAUCAUGCUGCAGGAAUAUAUACCUGGCACUUCGGGGCCGGGCGGCGGGUGAUCAAGACCUGCUGCAAGACUACAACGGAAAGGUUUCUAUGCACGAAGUGAUUCAAGACAUGGACAACAACGGCACGCUUGGGGUGAUUGAUGACCCGAAGGUGUCCAUCACCGGAGUUCUUAGGCCGAGCGCAUCCGUAGCGCUCUUCAACUACAAAGUCCACAUCCUAACGGGAGCCCUCUCCAACUCCGGUACCUCCAUUACCAUCAAGAUCUGCCGCUUCACGGAAAGCCCUGCCGAGUGCGAAGACGUCCCGUCGUAA